AUGCCAGACAGAGCAGGAUAUGAACUUGUCGUGUACGCCAUUGACGUGUCCCCUUCCAUGGGAGAAGUCAAGGUAGAUGGUAUAGGAGAGAGGACAAAGUUGGAUCUAGCGAAGGAAUACGUUGCUAGGCGUUGUGAACCAAAGAUAUCCAGUGGACGGAAGACUGAAGCUAUAGGGAUCGUAUCGUUUGGAGGAAGGACGAACAAUCAGGCAAACCAAGCGUAUAAGGCUCAGAAUCCGGAGGACGAUGACCCUCCAUACGAGGCAGUAUCCUGCGAUGUUGCGAUCCAAACGGCUAAGCCAAAGACUGUCGAGGAGCUGCUCAAUCUGGAACUUGGGAAGGUGGAAGGCAAUCCUGUGUCGGCGUUGAUGGUGGCUUUGGACAUGGUUCACACGCACAAACAUACCAAGAGCUGGGCUCUCGAGGUGGUCCUAGUGACCGAUGGCGAGAGUGCUUUCGCUCAGGACGAGUAUGAGGAGUUGAUGGACCGCUUCGAUGAUAUGGGCGUCAAGUUGACCAUCGUCGGGAUCGGAUUCCAGGACCCCGUGCUGCCAGUGGAGAAGGACAAGACGAGAAACAAGCGACUAUCCGAAAAAUUCUGGCGCACCUUCUUUGAACUUCUUCACAAGCGCAUGGCCCCGAAUACCGAUUCCGAUGCCAUCCUGCCUUCGUAUUGUGUGUUCGACGAAGCUUUGGCGGAGGUUCGGUUGCCGAAACCCGCAACAGUGAAUGGGACGGUGUCAGGAAUAGAUCUACAUAUUGGAUCAGCCAGUGUCGACCCAGCCCAAGCCAUCACGAUCCCCAUCAAAUACUCAAAAGCAACCAUGAAAGCUCGUCCACCGUCGCUGUCAAAAGCUUGGAAAGCCGCCAUGCCGACAGAGGCCGGACCGAGCCAGCUUGCGAGGUUCCAGCCAUCCGGCAGCACCUUUGAGACUGGUAUGAUCUCUGCCGAGGUCAAGAACUUUACGAGCUAUGUCAUUCGCCAUCAAGAGAAGGGGAAGGAGAGGGAGCGUCCGGAGCAGAAUUUGGAGGACGACGACUAUGAGCCCGUGGCGACCCAGGAGCUACCCAUGGAAGAAGAGGAUGAAGAACCAGUGGCCAAGGAGGAUAUAGUGAAGGCUUGGCGUUUCGGCUCAACUUGGGUACCCAUGGAGGCCGACACAUUUGAACCGCUGGAUACUCAGAAAGGCGUGGAAAUACUGGGCUUCUUUCCGAGAUCGUCUGUCAAGCGGCACCUGUUGAUGGGAGAGGUCCGCUUCGUCUGGCCUGACAUGAGCUCCCCGAAGGCGCAAAUUCAAUUCUCUUCGCUCGUCGAGGGCAUGUCAUUACGCGACAUGGUCGCGGUGGUCCGAUGGGUUCUGAAGGAUCGUGCUGAUCCCGUUAUCGGUCUGUGCGUACCCGAGAUGGAUUACCCAGGAGAUGAUAAGAGACUUGAUUAUAUGUUUUGGGUCAAACUCCCGUUCGCGGAAGAUGAGCAUACUUUCUGGUUUCCCUCCUUGACAGAGUACAAGACGACAUCGGCAAAAAAGGUUACUGAGCAUCCUCUCUUGCCGACCAAAGAGCAGUGCGCUUUGAUGGACGAUCUGGUCGAAGGCAUGGACCUGGAUGCGUAUGCAGACAAGAUUGAGGAGGGAUCGAGGUGGUUUGAACCUUCGCGAUCGUUCAACCCUGUCAUACAUCGCAUUAAAGAGGCCAUCUUCCAUGCCUCGACCUCGGAAGAGCCUCUUGGGCCGCCUCACCCUGAGCUGACCAAGUAUUUCGAAACGCCAGACGAGAUUCUCGAAGCUGUCGAUAAGACCAUGGCGAAGCUGCAGACAGCCCUCAACAUCAAAAAGGUGCCUCCGAAGAUGCGGAGAAAGAUGGAGAAGCAGGCUCUGAGGCCUGACGAGGGAUACAUCGACAUCGAUCAACUGUUCGACGCCAAACCUGAACCUGGGGUCAAGGUCGAGUCACAGGACUCUGAUGUGAUUCUCAAACGUGGCCGUUUGAUUUCCAACGAGCGGCCCGUUGAGGAUUUCAGACGCGUGAUUGAAGGGGAAGGCGACGUGUUUCGCAAAGCGAUCCGAGAUCUUGGCGUCGUGAUCAAGGAGAAUGUCGCUGCUUCUUUCUCGCGGCAGGCAUUUCCCAUGGCUAUUGAGUGUCUCGAGGCGAUGAGAGAGACAGCAUUAGUAUAUGAAGAGGUGGAGACGUUCAACGAUUACAUGGACGAGCUGGAGGCAUUCAUCGUUGCACCUGGGUUCAAGCAUCAGGACUUCUGGGAUAGUGAGUGA